UAAGGUGACGCAGCCACGCCUGGUGUUUGCUCUUUACGUCCAGCGCUCCUGCACGUUUCAUACCUCAAAUAUACGACUUCGCCGUCAUGUCUCUCGGAAAAGCUGCCCGGAGUUUGGUGAAACCAGCGUGGGGGGUCCUCCGGCCCUCGGCCGCGACUUCGAGCCGGAGCUACGCCGCUGUCGCCGAAGCCAGAGCGGUGCUAGAGAGCGAGCUCGACAGUAUCCGAGCCGCGGGGACGUGGAAAGCGGAGAGGAUCAUCACGUCCAAGCAGGGUCCUCAAAUCAACGUGGACGGCAGCCGGAGCAGCAUAUUGAAUUUCUGUGCCAACAACUACCUGGGACUGUCCAGUCAUCCAGAGGUGGUGCAGGCAGGGAUUGAUGCUCUGAAGUCAUACGGUGCUGGACUGAGUUCUGUCAGAUUCAUCUGUGGCACACAGGACCUACACAAACAUUUGGAGCGGAAGCUGGCAGAGUUUCAUGAGAGGGAGGACUGCAUCCUCUAUGCCAGCUGUUUUGAUGCCAAUGCUGGGCUGUUUGAGGUCCUGCUGGGCCCAGAUGACGCAGUGCUGUCUGAUGAGCUGAACCAUGCCUCCAUCAUUGAUGGGAUCCGUCUGUGUCGGGCAAAGCGGCUGCGCUACAAACACAUGGACCUCAGUGACCUGGAGAACAGGCUCAAAGAGUCUCAGUCAUCUCGUAUGCGCCUCAUAGUGACAGAUGGAGUCUUCUCUAUGGAUGGAGACGUGGCUCCCUUAACGGGAAUCUGUGACCUGGCCGAACAGUAUGGAGCCAUGGUGUUUAUAGACGAAUGCCACGCCACCGGCUUCCUGGGGCCCCGGGGCAGAGGAACAGACGAGCUCCUGGGCGUGAUGGACAGAGUUCACAUUGUGAACUCCACCCUUGGAAAAGCACUGGGUGGAGCAGCUGGUGGCUACACAGUUGGCCCUAAGCCUCUCAUUGACCUCCUGAGGCAGCGUUCGCGGCCGUACCUGUUCUCCAACUCCCUCCCCCCUCCCGUGGUGGGCUGUGCCACCCGGGCUGUGGAGCUGCUGCUCGCCUCCAGUGAGAUUGCACAGAGCAUGACGGCCAAAACCAUGAGAUUCAGGAACAAGAUGACGCAGGCUGGCUUCACCAUUGCAGGCUCAGCUCACCCCAUCUGUCCCGUGAUGCUGGGCGACGCACGGCUGGCAUCUGUGAUGGCCGACGAUAUGCUGAAGUUAGGCAUCUAUGUGAUUGGAUUCUCCUACCCAGUGGUGCCGAAGGGCAAAGCCAGAAUCCGUGUUCAGAUUUCAGCUGCCCACACAGACGAGGACAUCGACCACUGUGUCGACGCUUUCGUCCAGACGGGCAGAAAGCAUGAAGUCAUCUCAUGAACGGGACGAAAGACGCAGGAAUCAGGAUGAAUUACAGAACGACCUUGAACCGCUUGCUCUGGUCGAUCGUGCAGCCUGUGAGGCCUGUGAGUGAUGUUGAUGGAAAUAUUAGUUACAUUUGUAGGUCAAUGGAGGUUAAUGUUAUUUUUGUGUUUGCUGAAUAAAGUACUUUUGCUAACAUGUAGGCAUUUGUAUUUUAAGAAAAAGGGCUGUUAAAAAUUUAUAUAAGGGAGGAAAUGUUUCUAUCUCCUGAAAAUGAACAAGUUUAUUUUGGCUAGUCAUCCAUGUGUUCAACAGAUUGUGGUUUUAAUGACAGUGAGGAUGACCUUAAAGCAUUUGAAAGCAGUGUAAGAACUGGGACUUUUUAUUUAGGCUUCCUAGUGAGACAAAGGUUUUUAUGAGUGAACGAAAAUAUGCUUAUUUUCUCAUCCAUAUGGAUUAUGAAGUCAGACGGGACGGACUGUAAUAAUGUUUACGCAGUCGAAGGUCGUAUGCUGUCUCGAGACACUGUCCUCAACUGGAGAGGUGCGUUGCCUUUUUCCUCAAGAAGCAUAUUUGUAGAUUCUGGAUAUGGAAAAAUGUAAAAUAUUAAAGUCCAUCUUCA